GCUGCCUUGGAUGGCAAGACCUAUGACAUAGCGAUGGACACUGCUCGCUGUGUUCGCGGUAGCGGCAGCUUGGCCUGGGUGGACUUGAUGCAGUUGGGCCAGGCCAGUGUCCCGAUCAACUUGAAUGGGAUCCAGCGACUGACAGAUGAGUGGGUGGAAGCGUCACCGGACGCUUUUGCAGCGCAGCUGGCGCUCGAGGUUGCGGUACCCCACGACGCUGUUAAGUGGACAUCAAUCAAGCCACUUCUGAGAGGCAAGUUGCGAUUGGUGAGCCCUGAGGAGCCAGUGCAUGCGUUUGUGCUGGCUGUCAAGGACUUGAUUGACAGUGGCGCAGACAACUCCGUUCUCAUGCAUUGGAAAGCCAUGAUGCUGAGCUUGCCAAUGACAUUCAGGCCAUACAAGACUGACGAGGAGACUCAAUGGACUGCCAUCAACUUGCGCGAGGCCACGAUCACCAGCUAUGAAUUGAUGGCGCGCACUUGCCUGGGUCGCAUCUUUGAGAUCAUCACCUUUGCCGAGAGGCACAAGGGCAAGAGCACGCACGAGCUUGCUGAAACAUGGACCGCCAAUGUGCGUGCAGCUGUCUCGAAGCUGAGCGAGCCCGUCACGGAGUACUUUGUGCGUGUUGCGAUCUCUGUGUACAACCAGUGCUUGAGCCGCCCGAAACUCCUGGAUCUGAUCAUGGAGAUCGAUGGAGAGUAUGGCAAGCUCAGCCCUCUGAAUCAGAUCACGGUUCUGGAGAUUUUGGUUCGAAAGUGUGCUGGGGACGAAGCGAACAUGACUUGCGCUCUUCAACACAUGAAGUUCCUUCUGAGAACGUCUUUGAUUGGGCCACGUGAUCUGGGGACAAGAUCCUUGGAAGGGGCCAAGGCUGGCAGCACUAGCCUAGUCUUGCUUUGGCUGGUGAAAAGGGAUUUGACGCACGCCUUCAUCAAGAAGAUCGAGGUGUCAACAAAGGCAAAGCCAGACAGCUUGAAGGCGCUGAAAGACCUUUGCAACCAUGACACAUGGUUGAAAAUGUGCGGUCUAGGGACUUGCAAACCUGAGGACGUCUCUUGGCAGGGCCGGCUGACACAAGCCUACAGGCUAUGCUUGGACUUCUUGAAGAUUGUGUUUCUGGAUUUUCAUGAGGGGCACGUCAAGUCUGCGAUGAAAAGCACAAGGCAGGGCAAUCAGAUCUUGGAGAACUACAAGCCUUUCAGCGAGUUGAUGCAGGAAAUCGAAGAGCAUUAUUUGGAGGAGAGUGGCUUGCCAGCCAAGGCGUUAGAGGAGUCUUUGGCAGCGAAUCGAUCAGUGAUUGACCAGUCCCAAGAGGAGUCUUUGAAAGCAAUCUUCGCUGAGGAUUUUGAGCUGUGUGACUCCGAGGAUACAGCAGCACAGCUGGAGCAGUGGACGCAGGCCGCGGCUAAGAAGGUGGACCAGUUCUGCAAACUUUUGGUUGAUGACCCAGACUACAACCAGAUUGCCGCAGCUUUGCAAGGUUCAGUGGCUGGAAAUGCAGAUCUGGAGAAGGUCAUGCUCUGGAUUGAUCUUUCCAAAUUGGGCGAGGCGUCGUCAAUGCCACACAUCCGCGUUCCACCAUUUCGAGCAGAAGUCUUCAAGAAGUUUGUCAAGUCCUUUGUGGCGGGUCGUGCAUACACGGGCGCGCCUUAG